AUGCCCAUCCACACUUCCCCCAGCCCGUCCCCACCGCCUCCUUCAUCAUACAGACAAGGGUGUGGGGGCUCGGACAUUCAUAUGACAGCAGGUGACCUGAAGGGGAUUCCGGAGUGCGCCUGUGCCUGGCGCUGGGAGCGGCAGCUCGCUGACUGCGAUGCGAUGAAAACCGCCCUGCACCCUGACGGCAGCUCCCUUGAUGGGAGACCGUCUGGAUGGCGUUCCAGGCAGCGAGAAGGAGACACGGGCAGGAGUGUCAUCACCCACAGAUCGCCAGUGGGGCCCUCCCCUGCCUUUGCAUCCCGGGGCCUCAGUGGGCAUCUGGAAGCAACCUCAACUUUGUAG